GGAAAAGGAAAGUGAAAGAGUAAAAAGAAGAAUUAAAAUUGGACAGAAAAACAAAAGCCCACACCACACUGCUCUCAUCUUCUGCUCUUGUUGUCUUCUCCCUCACUCAGCUCUCCACGGUUAGUCAAACACACACUCACUUCAUUUCACACCUCUUCUCAAUUCCCCUCAGAAGCCCCAUCUUCCUUCGUUCAUGAUUCAGUUCGCCCACGCCUUCAUUCAUGUUCAUCUUUCAGAUUCCGCGCCGAAGAAGGAAAAAAACUCUGCCUUCUAAAAUGGGUCUGCCUCUCUAUUCGCCUCUCACCUCUCUUUCACCGCACCCUCUUUCCAGUUCUUAGAUCUGUUUCCCAACCACUGUCCGCCAGACCCACUUUGCAGGACAGUGUUUUGGUCUCUUUUUAUGUUACCUUGUCCCGAAGCAGCAAAUGGGUCGCAUCGCUUUCAGCCUCGGAAUUUGAUGACCAUGAUGAUGAUGGUGGUGGUGCAUGUUUGUGACAUGUGUAAUCAUGGGGUGUUUAAUAAUUAGGGCUAUAUUAGGUUUUCGUCUGGUUUGUAUUUGUAUCUGGUAAUGGUGCUUGUGUUCAGAAACCUUGUGGUGUUGGCAUCUCUGUGUCGGGGGUGUUUGCAUUUGUUGGAACAAUAAUGGGCAACGGCACUUCUCGUGUUGUUGGCUGUUUGGUGCCGUUUAAUGGCAAAAGUGGUGUUGAUUUGGAGUUUCUAGAGCCAUUAGAUGAAGGUUUAGGCCACUCUUUUUGUUACGUGAGGCCUUCUAUUUUUGAAUCUCCUGCCAUUACCCCUUCAAACUCUGAGAGGUUCACUGUUGAUUCUAGCACCCUUGAUUCUGAGACAUUGAGUGGUUCAUUUAGGCAUGAGAGCAUCGAAGAGAGGCCUGGCAAGAAUGUUCCGGAGACAACAUUCAAGACAAUAUCAGGGGCUUCGGUCAGUGCCAAUGUUUCCACUGCCAGGACUGGUAACCAGAAUGCUCUACUUGCUAGUGAUGUUCUAGAGCCUGCUGCAUCCUUUGAGGGAACCUCGUCGUUUGCUGCAAUCCCUUUGCAGCCUGUUCCCCGCGGUUCUGGACCUUUGAAUGGAUUCAUGUCGGGACCCUUGGAGAGAUUUGCUUCCGGUCCCUUGGAUAAGGGUGGUGGUUUCAUGUCUGGGCCGAUAGAGAAGGGAGUAAUGUCAGGACCUCUUGAUGCCACUGACAAGUCCAACUUCUCAGCCCCCCUUGCACGUGGUCGCCGAAGGCCACACCUCCAGCGCCUCAUGAGAAGUGUGAGUGGUCCAAUGAGAAACACUUUUUCUCGGACUUUUUCCAAGCACUCCAUGGGUGUCAGUUGGGUGCAGCGGUUAUUCCUUCAUCCGGUGUCUCAACUAGCUUGGAAUUCUAAAGAGGCGAAGUUUCGGUCUGAAGUUUCUAGAAACUGUACUGAAGUUGGAUCGUCUGACUUGGAGUAUAAACAUACACAAAAUUUGCAGUGGGCUCAUGGUAAGGCCGGUGAAGAUAGGGUUCAUGUUGUGCUUUCUGAAGAACAAGGGUGGUUGUUUAUUGGGAUAUAUGAUGGUUUUAGUGGACCAGAUGCACCUGAUUUUCUGAUGAGUCAUCUUUAUAAGUUUAUAGACAAGGAAUUAGAAGGGUUGCUCUGGGAUUAUGAAGAUAAUCCUGUUGAUCCACUUAAACCUGAUGUCCAUAAUAAUGGAAAUGAUGUAGUUGCUCUAGAAUCCGGUAGGGAGGAAAUGUCUGAUGCUCAUAACAUUUCAAAUGAAGAAAGACCCUGCUGUACAGAAACUUCUUGUCCAGUAAUGGUCAAGGAUCAGCCAUCUAAUAGUGAGAUAGUGGAGGUAAAUGCCGAAAUUGAGGUAAAUGCUGAAAUUGAGGUAAAUGUUGAACAGAAAAAUUGUGGAAGUCCCAGUAUUGAGCAUCCUGUUCCUGUAUCUGUUCCAAUUGGACAAUUGAGUGGUCAAGGCAGAAGAAGUGUGCGACUUUAUGAGCUACUUCAGAUGGAAUCUUGGAAUGAACAAGUGUCAGAACAAGGCAAGGAUUCUAUAGUUCCUGCUGAAAUAACACAAGAAAGGCAGUUGAGGUUCUGCUCAUCUGGUGGUAAAGAGGAUAGAUCUGGACACCAGGAUGAAUGUCCUACUACUUCAGGGGAAAAUGGACGCCCUGGGUUUAGUUCGACUAAUCUGGAGCCUAUAGCUCCCUUUUCUGUUUCAGGACAAAGACAGAAUACAAGAAAGUCAUUUAUUGGUACAAAAAUCAGAAAAAUGUACAGGAAACAAAAGUCCUUACGUAAGAAACUUUUUCCUUGGAGUUAUGAUUGGCAUAGGGAGGAAACUUGUUUUGACAAGAAAUUAGUGAAAUCCUCAGGACCCAUUAGAAUAUGCAAGUCUGGAGUAGAUCAUAGUGCAGUUUUAAGAGCAAUGGCUCGGGCUCUUGAAAGAACAGAAGAAGAAUACUUGAAAAUGGUGGAGAAUAGUAUGGAUAAAAAUCCAGAGCUUGCCUUAAUGGGAUCAUGUGUUUUAGUGAUGCUGAUGAAGGAUCAAGAUGUCUAUGUUAUGAACCUAGGAGAUAGUCGAGCCAUUUUGGCUCAAGAACGACCAAAUGAUCGUCAUCCUAAUCCAUGUCUCGUCAAAGAUGACAUGAGGCAUAGGAAUCGUUCUAGAGAGUCAUUAGUAGGCAUGGAGCUGGACAGAAUUUCGGAGGAGUCCCCAGUGCACAAUAUUAAUAAGCAUGUUAACAAGAUAAACAAAAAUCGAGAGAUAUCCAUGUGCAGAUUGAAAAUGAGGGCUGUUCAGCUUUCUACAGAUCACAGCACAAGUAUAGAAGAGGAAGUAUUAAGAAUAAGAGCAGAACACCCUGAUGAUAAUCAGGCCAUAUUUAAUGAUCGAGUGAAAGGACAAUUAAAAGUGACCAGAGCAUUUGGUGCUGGAUUCUUGAAGAGGCCAUGUUUUAACGAACCUCUACUGAAGAUGUUUCGAGUUGAAUAUGUGGGCAAUGGUGCUUACCUAAGUUGCGCUUCGUCUGUUGUUCAUCACCGGCUUUCUUCAAGUGAUCGGUUCCUGGUGCUGUCCUCUGACGGCCUUUACCAAUAUUUCAGCAAUGAAGAGGUAGUUGCCCAUGUCACCUGGUUCAUGGAAAAUGUUCCCGAAGGCGAUCCUGCACAAUACCUUAUAGCAGAACUUCUAUUCCGUGCCGCAAAAAAGAACGGAAUGGAUUUUCAUGAAUUGCUGGAUAUUCCUCAUGGAGAUCGCCGUAAAUAUCAUGAUGAUGUUUCUGUUAUGGUGGUUUCCUUGGAGGGAAGGAUUUGGAGAUCAUCCGGAUAAUCAUUUUUUUAUAUUUUAUUUUAAAAUACGACUCUUUCAUUUUUGCAUGUUCCUUUCAUAAUGUAACAAUUUUGGGUUAGAAGAAGUAAAAUUAUUUUAGAAAUCAAAAGUAGUCUAUCAUAUUUUUAAAGAAGAACCUCUUUUUCCCUUUAAUGUCUAUUUUAUCAAACC